CGGCUGCAGGCUGAGGAGACACAAGGGAAGUCGCUGUCGCCCGAGUGGGAGCCGCCGCCUGACGCCGCCGCGACCCUCAGCCUCGCUGCCGCCGCUGUACCGCGCCAUGCCAUCGGAGAAGACCUUCAAGCAGCGCCGUACCUUCGAACAAAGAGUGGAAGAUGUCCGACUUAUCCGAGAGCAGCAUCCUACCAAAAUCCCGGUGAUAAUAGAACGAUACAAGGGUGAGAAGCAGCUUCCUGUACUGGAUAAAACUAAGUUCCUUGUACCAGAUCAUGUCAACAUGAGUGAACUCAUCAAAAUAAUUAGAAGGCGCUUACAGCUGAAUGCUAACCAAGCCUUCUUCUUAUUGGUGAAUGGACACAGCAUGGUGAGCGUCUCUACACCGAUUUCUGAAGUGUAUGAAAGUGAGAAGGACGAAGAUGGAUUCCUGUAUAUGGUAUAUGCCUCUCAGGAGACGUUUGGAAUGAAAUCGACCGUGUAAGACUAGCAAAACGCAUCUAUUCUAGAAUUUUUAAACCAUUACCAAGGAAAAAAAAGGGAUGUUAACAACUGAGAUUGAUCAGUUCAUCUAAUCACAGGUCAUCAAAGCAGUAGUGUUUCCACCUAGGACUUUUAGGAAGUUGUUUUUGUAUUUCAGGCAGCAAAACUGAGCUCCAAAUGAGCAUAUUCAGCUUCAGAAAACUAUUAUUUAACCUAGGCUGUCUUGUUUUCAAAUCUUAGAAGUUUAAAAAUAAAAUACUUUGCAUUUUAA